GGGACACAGGGCAAUUGGGUGAAGAAUAGAAUUGCUAGCGUGUAGGAAAGGGAAGGUCAUCUGCGUCUUUCUUGCUAUAGGGUGGUUUUCAGUUUUUAUUGCUCCAGUCAUUCCAUUACUCAGAACCUUGCAUUAGGACCCAUAUAAAUGAUGAUUUCUGUGAGCCGGCUUUUGACCAAGUGCUUGUUUUUGAUGUAUCCUUCUGUCACCCUGAGUUUUGCAACACCAGCUUUGUACAUUUCCAGUGAACCUGAAGUCUCUCCCAGCAAGCCAAGGGUGAAACCAGAAGUCGCAUCAGGGCAGGUGGUGGUCGAUUUCUUCAAUCCAGUGACAUGUCAACCCAAAGAAAACCAAAAGGUUUCAGCUUGCCAAGCCGGAGAGGAUUUCAACAAGACGUUGUGCCUGAAACACAACUGUUGUGUGCCUUCCAAAAAACAUGCCCAGUUGGACUGCUACAUGCCAUUCCCAGACCGACCUCAACGGAUCCUCCGGCUGUUCGGUAUUGGAGGAAUUGGCGUGUUGUUUAUUGGGUGUCUUCCGUGUUGCUGUUGUAUAGUGGAGAAGAGCCCAUGUGCCAACCCUUUGCGAAGAGCCACCAAGGAAGAAGAGUCAGAAGAGGAAAGUGACGAUAACAAAUAUGAGAACGAGGGCAGCAGUAGCAAAAGUGACGAGUAUGCAAAUUUAGUUCAAAGCGAUGCAGAGAAAUCGAAGUACAAAGAGAACCAGCACAGGUAAAACCACUCCUUGCUCUUCCUUGAGUUCUUCUGGAGUUCAUUUGCCAUCACCGGUGAUAACAUCUCUCCACAUGUUGGGGUUUCUGGGUCUCGAUCUCCAUCUGCUUUGGAAAAUUGUACAGGAAUGGACAACUCUUAAUGCCAC